GAAUCCUUCAGAAAACCCUAUAUAGUUUUUGAUGUGUUUACUAUUGCUUGAUCAACAAUGUCUUCCAACCCAGACAUUGUCUCUGGGCCAGUGUCAACUGCCGUUGAACAUGGCGAGCCCGGCAAGACCACAAGUCUGAAGACACACUUGAAGAACCGGAUCGGAAAAGAAAAAGAUACAGUCGUCGAAGAUGGCGAGGAAUCAAUCAACAGUGAACCUCACAAGCCUGUCUACGAUCAUACGCACCGGAAGUUGAAACCCAGACAUGUAGAAUUAAUCGGUAUUGGAGGGACGAUUGGGACGGUGUUGUAUGUCCAGAUCGGUCAAAGUUUGCGUGAAGGAGGCCCGGCCAGUUUAUUCCUGGCUUUUACCAUUUGGUCAGUAUUGCCCUCUAUCCUCUCUUUUGUCCAUGGUCUGUCGUACUGGCAAUGUUGUACAUGAAUGAAGCAAGCGAGCGCCAAUGCCCUAUAGCGAAUACCAAUAUCUAUACUCCGGAAAUAUACACUUUCUUAUACUCUGACUACAGGUGCUCCGUGAUUUUAUGCCUUACCGUUUGUACGGAUCCAUUUCCCUAUUCCCUGGACCCCAACGCAGCACCAUACUCCAUCCCAAAGCGGCCUAUGUACCAAAGCGCCAGUAUCAAUACUAAACAAGGCUUCUCUAUCUAGCAAUCGCAGAAAUGGUCACCUUCCUCCCUCUUUCCUCGCCCACCAUCCGCCUCGCAG